AUGGAUAAAUAUGAUGUGAUUAAGACUAUUGGGGAAGGUGCCUUCGGGAAAGCAUAUCUGGCUAAAGGCAAAUCAGAUAGCAAGCACUGUGUCAUAAAAGAGAUCAAUUUUGCAAAGAUGCCCAUCCACGAGAAAGAAGCUUCAAAGAAAGAAGUCAUUCUUCUGGCAAAGAUGAAGCAUCCCAACAUUGUAACCUUCUUCAGUUCAUUUCAAGAGAACGGUAAGCUGUUUAUUGUAAUGGAAUAUUGUGAUGGAGAAGAUCUCAUGAAAAGGAUCAAUAGACAACAGGGAGUGUUAUUUAGUGAAGAUCAGAUCCUGGAUUGGUUUGUACAGAUUUCUCUAGGACUAAAACAUAUUCAUGACAGGAAGAUAUUACACAGGGACAUAAAAGCUCAGAACAUUUUUCUUAGCAAGAAUGGAAUGGUUGCAAAGCUUGGUGACUUUGGUAUAGCAAGAGUCCUGAAUAAUUCCAUGGAACUUGCUCGAACGUGUGUUGGAACACCUUACUACCUGUCCCCAGAGAUCUGUCAAAAUAAACCCUACAAUAAUAAAACGGAUAUUUGGUCUCUUGGCUGUGUCUUAUAUGAGCUCUGCACACUCAAGCAUCCGUUUGAGGGUAAUAACUUACACCAGCUAGUACUGAAGAUCUGUCAAGCACAUUUUGCCCCAGUGUCGCCAAGGUUUUCUCGUGACCUACGGUCCUUGAUAUCUCAGCUCUUAAAAGUAUCUCCUCGAGAUCGACCGUCUGUUAAUUCCAUUUUGAAAAGGCCCUUUUUAGAGAAUCUAAUUGCCAAAUAUUUGACUCCUGAGGUCAUUCAGGAAGAAUUCGAUCACACACUUGAAUGCAGAGCAAGAUCGUCAGCCCCACAACCUGCUGGGAAGGUGAUUGGGGAUUCUAAAAUCCAUAAAGUGAGAUUCCAGGGAAAGUGCCCACCAAGAUCAAGGAUAUCCGAGCCAAUGAAAAGGAAGGAUCUAUUACAUAGACAUGAAUGGAGAUCACCAGCAGGAGCCCAGAAACCUGUAUCUAUGAAAAUGAUAGAAAGGCCCAAACUUGCUGCAGUCUGUGGACAUUAUGAUUAUUAUUAUGCUCAACUUGACUUGUUGAGGAAGAGAGCCCACGAACCAAGUUAUCACUAUGUUCCUAAAAACGAUACUGGAGUUGAGGAGAAUUAUAAUCAGGGAGAAAAUCACAGUCCAUCUCCAGGUCAAUGGCCUGCUGAGUACCUUCAGAGGAAAUUUGAAGCUCAACAAUAUAAGGUGAAGGUGGAAAAGCAAUUGGGUCUUCGUCCAUCUUCAGCUGAGCCAAAUGACAACCAGAGACAAGAACUAAGAAGUGGUGGAGAAGAGCCUAGAUUCCAGGAGCUGCAGAUUAGGAAAAACAGAAUGAGGGAACAGGAAUAUUGGAAGCAGCUAGAGGAAAUACGCCAACAGUACCACAAUGACAUGAGGGAAAUUAGAAAGAAGAUGGGAAGAGGACCAGAGGAACACUCAAAAGUAAGUCAUAAAACCUAUUUGGUGAAGAAGAGUAACCUGCCUGUCCACCAAGAUGCACCUGAGGAAGAAGCACCUGCGCAGGACAUUGAAAGAGACUGGAAACAAAUUAGGCUUCAGAACAUAAAGGAAAGUAAAAUUCCAGAACAGAAAUAUAAAGCUAAGAGAGGGGUAAAAUUUGAAAUUAAUUUGGACAAAUGUACUUCUGAUGAGGACACCCUCCAAGAGGAAGAGGCAAUGGAUAUGCUAAAUGAAACUUUGAUCUUUGAGGACGGCAUGAAGUUUAAGGAAUAUAAGUAUAUAAAGGAGCAUGAAGAUUGUACAGACAAAGCAUUUGAAAAACUCUGUUGUCCAGAAGCAGGGUUUUUCAUUAAGGAUUCAGUUGCUGCAGAAAACCGGAGGCAGUGGGAUACUGGAGCACCCCAGACCCUGCUGCAAAUGAUGGCAGGGACCGAAGUCACCUCUGCCUGCUCCACUGUGCCUGACAAUAGCCAAGUUAUUGUGAUUGAAGGUGUUCCGGAAAAUAGGAAACAGUGGCGGCAUGAAGUGCCAGGAACGUUGAUGAAUGUUUUGGCGGCAGCACAUCUAAUGAGUUGCUCAUUUUCUGCUAGCGAAGGAGAAUUUGCCAUGGGACCAUUAAAACAACGGCUCCCUAAAGAAGAUGAGGAGGAGGUGGAAAUGGCCCCUGGCAUUGAGGUAGAUGAGGAACAACUAGAACCAGAAUCUGAUGAUGAUGAUAUAAAUUUUGAAGAUUCUGAAGAUGAGUUGAGAGAAGUAAUAGAAUCCCUAGAAAAACUCGCUAUUUCCAAAGAGGAAGAAAAAAGAGAAGAGGCUUCCGGUUCCUCUAAGGCCUCUGAAAAAUCAGGAGAAAGAGAGGGGAUAAGCAUGCCAAAAUCUGAGGGAUUAAAUGAAGGUGUGGAAAGUGUUUCUGCUCCAUCUAAUGACGAGAUUUGUAUUGUUGAUGAAGACCAAGGAACAUUAACAACCAGUCAAGAUAUACAAGUGUGA